AUGAUCAUUCGCCUUCAACAGAAGAAAACGCAGCAAAAUCAUCACAAGUUUUGCUUUGUCAAGGAGCUUACUGCUCACUUACUACCUCUAACAAAUAUUGCAUUUAACAAGUCUGGAUCUAAGUUCAUUACUGGGAGCUAUGACAGAACAUGUAAAGUUUGGGACACGGCGUCUGGAACAUGCCUUCUUACUCUCGAGUCUCACCAAAGUGUGGUCUAUUCAAUUGCCUUCAACAACCCUUUUGGUGACAAGAUUGCCACUGGUUCUUUUGACAAAACAUGCAAACUGUGGUGUGCUGAGACCGGCCAGUGUUUCCAUACAUUUAAAGGGCAUACAGCAGAAAUAAUUUGCUUGACAUUCAACCCUCAGAGCACAUUAGUGGCCACUGGCAGCAUGGACAAUACUGCAAAACUGUGGGAUGUGGAGACUGGCGAGGAGCUGGUCACACUGACUGCUCAUAAAGCAGAGGUCUUGUGUGUUUGCUUUAACACUGUGGGAAACCAGCUCAUCACAGGCUCCUUUGAUCACAAAGUGGUUAUAUGGGAGGUUCCCUCUGGAAGGCUCGUCCACACUCUGCAGGACCAUCUUGCAGAAAUAAGCAAUGUUCAGUUUAACUGGGAUUGCUCACUUAUUGUUUCAGCUUCUAUGGACCAUACCUGCAAGCUGUGGGAGGCCUCCAGUGGGAAGUGCCUGGCCACACUGGAAGGGCACAAAGAAGAGCUGCUGGAUGCAUGCUUUGAUUUAACUGGUCAGCUGGUCGCUACAGCCUCUGCAGAUGGCACAGCACAAGUAUUUAGUGCAGAUACGUACAAACAUCUUUUGACCCUGAAGGGCCAUGAGGGUGAGAUCUCAAAGGUGUGCUUCAACCCUCAGAGCACCCGUCUGCUCACGGCCAGCUCUGACCACACCGCUCGUCUGUGGGACAUCAGGACUGGAGAGUGUCUGCAGGUGUUGAGAGGUCACACUGAUGAGAUCUUCUCCUGUGCUUUCAACUAUGAGGGAGACAUCAUUAUCACAGGCAGCAAGGACAACACAUGUCGUCUCUGGUAUUAA